AUGAAUGAGGACGUGGAUUUACUUGACUACCUAAUGCACAAAAAGGAAGUGAAAAAUAUAAUUGAAAAUGAGGCGGACGAUAUAAGCAAUUUUAUGACUUGUAAAAAAAUGGAAUUAACUAAAAAAAAAAAUGAAAACAUCAAAAGUAUGAAAAAGUUAAUUUUGAAAUAUCCUGAUACAUUUAUAAAAACUUCAAUUAUAUCUAGAGAAAUAAAAAAAAACAUACAAGACAACGAAAUGUUAUUUGAUGACAUAAACAUUAAUUUUGAAAAAAUUUCAGAAUUAUUUGAAAGUGAUGAUUAUAAAAAAAAUAUAAAUAAUUUAAAAUAUGAUUUCAAUUCACAUAUGCCAAAUGAUAAUUACUUAAGAGAAAUUUUUAAAAUUCCCUUACUACUUUACAAAGGAAACGAAAAGGAAAAUUUGCAGGAGUGUAUGAAAUAUAUAAAAAUAUGUUGCACUAUAAAAUUAUACCUGUGUGAAUAUUAUAAUUAUAAUUCGAGCAACGAAUGUUUAAUAAGAUACCUAAAAUGUUAUCAAAAAAAUGUAAAUAAAGAAAUAAAAAAAACAAGAGAACAUAUAUGUGAGUUAAUUAUGAAAUGUGAAAAUGUAGACACUUUAAAAAUUUACUUGCAGCACUUGUCUGAUAUAUAUAAUUACUUUAAUUUACCACUUAGCAAUAUGGAAGCGGAUAAAGAGUGCUUUGCCAGUUCGAAUGAAAAUAAAAAUGGCAAAAAAUGUAUGAACAGGUCAGGCGCUUGUAAUACGAAUGAUAACAAUUUACCGAGUAGUAAUCAUAAUAAUAUGACCAAUUCAGGCAAUUUUACAGAUUGCAGUAUAAAACGCAAAACGAAUAUCGAAUAUAUUAAAAAUGAAUUUUUAAUUUUGAAGCAUUUUAGUAUCAUAGCGUUCGUAAGAGAAGAGUUGGAAAAAAAAAAAAAAAAUAAUAAAAUAAACAGUUACUUAACUAUUUAUGAAAUAAUAACUGCGUUUUUCAAUCAAAUUACACAUUUAAAAAGUAUCUACGAGCAUAUAUUUAAUAUUGCAGUAGACACGAAUUUAUAUAAACACAUAAUAUUUAUGUACUAUUUUGCUCUUUCGUUAAUACAUAUUAAAGUUAAACAAAAUAAUACUUUAUUAUUUGUAAGUGAAUGUAAUAACGAUGGGAAUAAAAGCGAUGUUAGUUUACUAAAUAAACUGAACAAGGAAAUUCUUACAAAAAUAAAGAACGACUACUGUAAUGAUCCCCAUAAUGAUGACAAUAGAAAUGUAGAGAAACUUUUAACAGAAAAAGAAAAAAAUAAUAAUAAUAUUUCCUACAAUGAGAGGAUGGAAAUACAGAAGGACGGACAUAAUAAAAGAACAUGUGACAGUUAUUUGGAAACUCCUCAGUCAGUAUCCUCUAUGACAGCUAGCAAUCUUUUUAUGAAUUGUUCAGAAAAAAAAUUAGAAAAUGAAACUGCUAUAGAUAAAUACAAAGAAUAUAAAAGUAACAAGAACGAUUUGGAGAAAAUUUUUUUUAAGGACAGCUUACCUUCAAAAUAUCAUUUUGUAAAUUUAAAUAGCUCCAUAUUCAGUUACAUGUAUUACUUUGUUUUUUUCAAAGAUGACAAGGCAAUUUUAGCCUUCCAUAAUUCUGAUGAUGAAAACAAAAAGGAAAAAAAAAAUAGAGGAAGGAAGGGGGAAAACUUUCCGAAUGAAGAAAAAAUUAAUUUAAAAGAGUCAAUAAGUUCAGUAUAUCGCAAAAACAUACUGUUGAAAAAUCAUUUUAACUUCGUUGAUAAUUUAUAUGAAGAAGAAGAUAAAAAAUGCGAACAAAAAAAAAGAAAAAUGAGUAAACAGAAAGGUGAGCAAUUGGGUGAUCAAAUAGGCGAGCAAAUAGAUGAGCAAAAAAACCAUCAAAAAAGUAAGCAAAAAUUUAUAUGCUUUAACAAUUACAAAUCGAUACAAGCUUUAGUCCAAAGUCAGAAAAUUAAAGAGUCUGCAUGUGAAUUGUAUAAAUACAGAAAAGAUAAACCACCCCUCAUUUUAGUAGCAGAAAGACAUGAGAACAACAACACUAGAAUGGACGCCUCUACCAUAUUUGAUAACAUUUUAAAUAAGAUAUUUAUAAUAUAUAUUUACGAUUUUCUUCAAAGGAGUAACUAUUAUUUUUAUCAAAAUAUUUUAUUUUUUGAUGAAAAUGAAAAAAAUGAAAUAAGUAGUCAGGGUGUACACAAUACUACAUGUGUAAUAGCAGAAGAGAUUAAGCGUCAAAGAGAAUAUUUCCUUAAAAAUAGGAAUGAUUUUUUUUUUCAAUCCAAAAGAGAAGACAAAGACGAAAUGAAAAAAAAAACAAAUUCUUCAGACGAAUUUAACCAGAAAUAUUAUCAUGAAAAAAUAAAUGAGAAAUUGAAAUAUGCCUUUUUAAUUUCUUAUUUUUUUAAUAUUACAUUUAUUUUAAAAAAUAUUAAAUAUUAUGUAGAUAAAUCCUUGUUCUUUGUAAUAAUUUCUUUCUUUGAAAAUUCAUUUAAAAGUGUCAUUGAACAUUUAAUUAUAAUCUUUAUCAAAAAUCAUAAUAUUUUUUUUAAAUACCAGACUUUUCUUUUUAUAAUGCAAGUACUUUUUAAAACUAUUUUUCCUUUUACCUUUUUUUUUCUUUCUUGCAUUUUUCACAUUGAUGUGACCAGUUCAACGGUAUGUUUAGAAAGAGGAGAGGGGGGAAAACUAAAAUUCGACUAA